CCUCAAGAGCACGGAAAGCUCCAGUUCCAUCGAGUGUUGCGGCUCCCUUGUCUCAAUGGAAGCAGCUCCGUCAGACUGUUUCGAUUCGGCAAGACGCUGUGGAAGUUGAACCGACAUCCCAGCUCGGUACCGUCAAGAGUCGCAUUCGCAUCAGUCAUCUUUGCCCCGAGGACAAGCAAAAGGUGGGUAAGUUGAUUCGACAGCUCAUGAAGGUCGGAAACGAGAACGUACAGUUGCGAAAGGAACUGGACGACGUCAAGGUCGUUCUCGACCAAGCCAUUGUCGACAAGGAUGAAAAAACUGACGCAAUCCCUCGACAUGCUUAAGUCGUACCAGGCGCGGCUGCAUUCGAUGCAGACACAGUGUGAGCUGGACCAAGGCAAGCUGACUGCUGCUGCAACCGACAUUGCGCGAUACCAGCAGCAAGCGCAAGAACACGCACAUACGCUGCAAGUCCUCCGCCUCGAUCAUGACGAUGCUAUGCGAAAGGCGGCGCGUCAGUGGGAACUUCAACUGGACUGUCUUCGGGAAGAAAUGCUAUCCGAACGGCGUCAGCGGUUGCACCUGGCAGAGCAUCUCGAUACUCUUCAACGCAAUGUGGAGAACCGGGAAAGAGACCAAACCUCCGACGACGUUUCGACGCUGUUGAACUUGUCGGCCGCCGACAAGAUGCGUGACAUCGUUCUCGAGUGGAAGCACCGCAUGGAUGCGGCGCUCGAGCCGGUGCUCCCUGUGCCUACGACGUCUUCCCACACUCAGACGGAUCAGGUCGACACGCACACGAUCGGUGUUCAAUUCGGACGGUCAAGCUUCGAGUACAUAGCUAACGAGGACGCGGGCAACAAGGUCGCAUCUAGGCCAAGUUGGGCAACAAAAAAGACGCGAAGCGCAGAGACGCAGGCAUCUUCAAAGACGACGAUGUCGCAAUCACCUACGGCGAAGUGCAUGCUUCCUCUGCGAACAAGCUUACAUGACAGCGAGUUUUACGAUCUAUCGCUGUUGGAUCUUGUCCAAGCUAUGGAAGGCGUGCAGGUGUCUGUAGUAGCACCGUCCCCUCCUUCGUCAACCUGGGCACGAAAUCAACUGCAGCAAUCGCUGGGACCGUUGACCGCGGACGACCUCACCAUGCGACGACCGCCCGUCGAUUUGGACCUGGAUGCAAUCUGGCCAUUUGCAUUACCAUAACAAUUGGAGAGUAUUUAUCGUUCACUUUUGUGUGAACAGGCAAACGUAAU